GAGAGAGAGAGAGAGAGAGAGACUUACAAGGAACUCGUCCGAGACCCUAAUCCCACUACAUCCCUCUAUAUGCUUUUGUUAUAUAUAUCAUUCUAUAAGUCCUAAUCCUAUAUUGGAAAGCUUUUAUAUUUGGAUUCUUUCUCUUUCUCGCUCGCUUGCUUGCUCUGUGGAUUUUGAAUAACUCAGAUUGUUUGAUGGACUGUUGUGUACCCUACAGAAGAAUCCCCAUUAACGGAGCUUUACCCUCUGCGGUAAAGUCUGAAUGGGAUUUCAAGGUUUUAUCGAGGUUCUCUUCUUCGGACAUUUCUCGCAAUCUCAGCGUUUCUUCUCAGAGAAGGGUUAAAUUGGGUUUUGGAGGACGGAUUGGGGAUUGGAAUGAUAGGAGAUCGAUUCGAAAAGUGUCGAUCUCGGCUGCAAGUGCGGAAUCAAGUCACUGUGGAUAUAAAACUGUAGUUUGGCCCCUUGAGCCAAGGUCGUCUGCUGGGAAAUUCCUCAGCAUUGUAUUGCAGAACCAGCGCUUCCUUUUCGAUCUUGCUGUGACCGAGCAGUUGAAUGAGUCAGCUUUCGACAGGGAUGGAGCCAUCUCCCGCAAGCAACACAGUGAGGGUUCUCCAGAAUCCUGUCUUCACAGGAGGAUUGCUGAACUGAAAGAGCAGGAGUGCCAAAUUGUUGUUGAAGAUGUCAUGUACAUGCUUAUUGUUAAAAAAUUCUCUGAGAUCCAAGUCACUAUGGUUCCAAGGCUCUCUAGAUGCAUCCGUCAUGGGAGAGUAGAGGGAUGGUCAUCAAAGGAGAAGGAACUCGAGUCCAUUCACAGUGUUGAAGUCCUGAAGAUGGUAAGGGAACAUGUUGCCACCAUCCUUGGUUGGAGAGGGACAUCCAGUGAGACUCAAAGUAGGAUUGGUAGGACAACCACCCAAUUGCGAAGGCUGAAGCUUGGCCAAAUCUAUGCUGCGUCCGUUAUGUAUGGAUAUUUCCUGAAGUCAGCGUGCUUGAGACACAACCUGGAUCAGCGUCUAGCUCUGACCAACCAUGACCCUCCUCAUGGGCAUGGGAUACAAGUUCCACUUGCAGAGUUCCACGGCCAUGGAUUAGAGAACCUUAAUGAUCUCAGCGACGACUCAACUGAUACCUGGGCCACCUUAUUGUGUCAAGUGUCAGGGAAGCAGGAGAAGCUUAGAAGUUAUGUCAUGGGGUUUGACCCUGAGAUGUUGCAGAGAUGUGCAAAAAUAAAAUCUCAGGAGGCAGUGAAUAUAAUCGAGAAGCACAGCUGGGCGCUGUUUGGGGAUGAGAUGGGUGCCCUUGAGAGUGAUGAUCAGAUGAUAGACAUCACCUUUGAUAGCAUCAAGAGGUUAGUGUUGGAAGCCGUCACUUUUGGUUCCUUCCUCUGGGAUGUGGAAGGAUAUGUUGACAGUUUGUAUAGGCUCAAGGAGAACAGUUCAUAGAAUUAGGAACUGAGGUGGUGCUUGUAGGUGGCUGGAAUUCCCAAAUAUAAUAUUGAAAUAAAUUUCUUGAGCUGCUUACUUCAAGGUGCCUCUCACCCAACUUACAGUCAAUGUAUAUACAGAGCAAUGCCACUAAAAUUUAGUGAGGAACCACUUGGAUGCCUUUACUGCCCCUUUAUGAUAAUUUUGUUCAAGUGA